AUGUUGAAAUAUUGUGAGCACCCGGUGACUGAUGCAGAAAUGAUUAAAUUCACAUUAUCUACUUUUCAUCCAUCAAACAUUAUUCUGCAACAACAAUAUAGAGAAACAAAUUUCAAAAGAUAUACAGAUCUGAGUGUAGUACUCUCACUGGAUGAACAACAUAAUGAUCUUGUCAGGAAAAAUCAUAAUAUGAGACCUAUUGGAUCUCAAGCUAUCCGCGAGGCACACUCUACUAAAACACAUGUGCCUGAAGCACAUGCUGUUGAAAAUAAAGGCAGUGGAAAUUAUAAUAACCGUGAUAGAGGACGCGGAAAUUUCCGAGGAAGAGGACGAGGACAAGGUCGUGGAAAUUUUAAUGGACAUGGUAGAAAGUUUCAAGGAUUCGGCAGAGGCCACUUUCCCCAAAAUUAUCAAAAUAGUCAUUACAAUAAUAAUUCUCGAAGGGGAAAAAAAGUUGGUUAUCACAAUAAAAAUAGCCAUCAAGAAGGAAAAGAAAGUAUUUGUUACAAAUGGGGCAUGACAGGGCAUUGGGCACGUACAUGUCGUACUGCCAAACAUUUGGUGGAGCUGUAUCUAGCUUCCUAA